AUGCACCAACUCACUUGUGUGCUGCUGGUGUGCGUGACGUGCAUGUACUGGGCGAUGGCCAUGUUGAUUCUGCUGCUGCGCGUCGUGGAUCCGCAUAUGCGCAGCGUGGCCCGCUACGGUGCUCGAUAUGGAAUGGGUUCAGCCGCUGCUGAUGAUAUUAAUAACAACGGUUCCGCUGCGGCUGGGACGCGUACGGCCGUGUAUACUAGCUGCAAGGCGAGGGAAAACCCCACGGAUUACAGAGGUUGGCUGUGGAAUAGUGUUGCGUUUGCUGUCAAUGCGCUAGAGAGUUCCAUUUUGUGUCGUGUCCGCGUAAGUCGGAAGUGCGGAUUUUGUGUCUUUUACUUGACCGGUAUGGUCUCCUCCCUACUGCUCUGGCAGCUGUGCAUCAUUCCGUUUCAUACGACCACUAACACUUUGGAUACACGUUUUUCAACAUUCAUGCCGGGGGGUUUGCUACGUGAUGCAGCAGUCUGUUACGGGUUGCUGCCACUAGUGGCAUUCUUUAUGCAUUGUGCCGUGCGCCUGUGGGAGUGUCUCUACGUUCACCGCUUUCGAGGUGGACCGCAGGAUACAGUGACGUUGUUUGCCGCACUCGCGGGAUGUUCGUUUUACGUCUUUGCUGUUAUUUCUAGCAGCCCCGUUGUUUGCCGUGUCGCUCACGCAGUUGCCAGUAAUCCUGCUGUGCCUCGCCCCUUGGGAGGUGUUGAUGAGAGUCAUUUUUCCCCUGUUGUCCCAGUAACGACUGUGGUUGCCUUUUUUUUACAUUUAUUCCUGCAGGGGCUGCAGGGGCUGCAUCAUGGCAUUCUGGCAAGGAUGCGGGAUGCGCCGGCGCCUUCGUCUAAUUCGUUCGAAGCGCCCGUUUUGGAUGGGAAGCAACACGCUUAUGAAGUGCGUCACAGUGUUGAGGCGUCAACCGAGACAUCUAGUUUUUUUUAUCGUUUCCCCAAUACAUCCCUGUUUGCCUACGUGCUGGAGCCGCACUACACCUGUGAGAUUUUGAUGUACGCUGUGAAUGCCGUUAGCCUGUGGACAUUGAUUUUUAACGAUACGGCGCCUAUACUGACGGUGUGGCAGUCGAGAGGUGUGUACUGUGCACUGCUGCUGGCAACAAGUUAUGCGGCGUCAUUAGGGGUUGUGUUGUUUUCACUAUUUAACCUUGCCAUUACGUCCUCCGAGCACCGUCGUUUUUGGAGCCAGUUGAAUGAGAAGCGAGAGCCAAAGGAACGAGUUCCGCCUUGGAAUCUAUUUUACCGUGUCUGGUAA